AAAAAAAAAAAUCCCCAUUUCUAUUCAGAGUGCGUGUUAACAAAUAAAUCGCAUCCUUGAGUUGAGGGGGGAGAAGAGAGAAUGAAGUUGUUAUCUGCAUCAUCAUCAGCGUUAGCGCAUCCUCUUCUUCCUACACUGUCGCAAACCCUAAAUCGGAUCAAUUUGAAUCCCCCAUUCCCAGAAAUUGGAAGGUUGCAAUUUGGUUGCAACAAUAAUAAUGAUAAAAAGAUGAAGAAUGGGACGACGGGGAUGAUGGGGAUAAGUAGUACUAGUAGAGACAGAAGCAAGAAUCGAAAGCCCCUACAGAGAGGGAGGAACCUCAGCAUCGAAGCAAUCCAAACAGUUCAGGCUCUCAAACGUAAUUUAAACAACAAUAAUAAGAAGAGCAAUUGUGGUGAUGAUUAUAAUUCUUCAGACUCUUUGGAGCAAGUCUUCCGUUCUAAGCUCAGGCGUUUACUCAAGUUCGAUAUGAUGGCCGUUCUUCGUGAACUCCUCCGCCAGAACCAAUGCUAUUUGGCCCUCAAGGUUUUUGAGGAUGUUCGGAAGGAGGACUGGUAUAAACCUCAGGUCUCACUGUACGCUGAUAUGAUAUCAGUUUUAGCAAGCAAUGGGCUUUUUGAAAAGGUGGAACUUCUUUUCAUGCAAUUGAAAAUGGAAAGUAGUUUAGAGCCUGAUACCGAGGGCUUUAAUGCACUUUUGGAAAGUCUGAUGAUAAAUAACUUCACUGGAAUGGCAAUGGAGUGCUUUCAGUUAAUGAAAACAACAGGAUGCGAGCCAGAUAAAUCAUCAUUUAAAAUAAUGAUAAAUGGUUUAGAAUCAGAGGGAGAAACAGGUCUUUCAGCCAUUGUAAGGCUAGAAGCUCAGAAAUGUUAUGGAUUUCUAGAGGAGAAUGAAGAGAUGACAGUGAGUUGAAAUGGAUCCUGCCAGAUGAAUGAUUCAAUCAUAUCAUGGAAAAGUGAGAUAUCAUGCCCACCUUUGCAUGUUGAAAGGUAGUGACUCUGUAACUUGCAUUGCCUUAAUCCGAAUUGAAGAAUUGUUUCAUACACGAGACCUUUUGCAAUUCCUAGAUGACAAUAGAUCUUUUGGUGUAGGUGUGACGGGAUAAGGUUAGCAUGCAAAAUUUCAGUAUUUUGGCAGAAUAUUUUUCUAGCUUCCAUAGAAUGAUGCAGGUUGCUGAUUAAGUUUGUGUAUUUGGAACUCCACCAUUCUCCGCAUCUUCAAGACAAUUGAUUAGUAACUUCAUCCUCUCAGUUCAGUUCCUUUUCCAUAGUUCACUAAUACUUUGUAGUCCAUCCUCGACUGUGAUCCUGCAGUAAAGAAUUCCUCUUGCCUAACUUGUAUUUCCAGAAAUCAUCAAGGCUCUGUUAUUAGAGUUUGCAUUGAGAUUACUUCAGCCUCAGAUUCUGCAAAUUACCUUUCUUUUGAAUUUGCAGCAUUUUAAGCCUCUGAACCGGAGUUGAAUUGUUUUACUAUGGAAAACAACUGUCAGGUGGCUGUUUCUGCAUGUUGGAGUUCCUCUAACCUUUGGAGCCUCAAGCUACUAGAUUCCAAUCGGUUAUGGUUAAUCCAAAAGAAUCCAAGGCUCUGCAGUUGUGUGGUCCAUGAACUGAGAAGCUGGGUUUUAAACUGAAGUUUUCUGGGUCAUUGGUCCCAAGGCUCUUCCUAGAUGAUGAGUCCAGGUUAUGCUGGGAUCUCAGUUUCUAUUCUUACUUUAUUUCUUUGUUUCUUCCGUUUGCUAAGUAACAAACUCACACGUGUACAUAUAUAUCCCAAACUAGCAAUAACUAGGUUUCUCUAAAUUACUCUAUUAAUAUGUGCUUAACAAGUUUAUGACAUAAAAAAGAUAAUAUACUAUUUAUAAAAAGAUAAUCUAUUAUUCAUUUACAUCCAUUAGAACCGUACAAGCUAGAUAUGUACUUUUCAGAUUGAUGGUUAUGCUGCACAUGCAAGUACGGGGAUAAACCAUCUCAGAGGCAGUUGGUCAAACUGAUGAAUCAGUUGGCAAGGAAAACGAUUUGAUGAAUCAGUUUAAUUUUUAGAGAGAUAAAAUUUCUUUACACCAUUUAGCUUGAUGCAAAUUGUAUCAUAUUUGAUAGAAUAAUAACUCCCUCCUUACCCUCCUUUUCAUUUUCUUUCUAUUUUCAUAUUAAAAGAGUAAGAGAGCUCUCUCAUGACUCAUGAGCUCUCCUUCUUGACUAUUGUAUUGAGAGAUUUUAUUAAAACAUUCAUUUGACUUUUCACACGUCUCAAAAACUACCUCAAUCUAAUGGUAAAUAAAGUGAGAGAUGACUCUUGUCGUGAGAGGGCUCUAUUGAUAGCCUUACCCCUUUUAAAAACAUAUAUUGUACAGCCUUUUCAUUCAAUUUCAUUUCUUUUUCUUCCAAGUUCCAACUCAUAAUCCAAAGUCCAAACAGGCCCUAAAACUUGCCUACUGGACAAGUUUAUGAGAUUUAUUACCAUUCUUAACUAGGAGAGGAAUGCCAAAUUGCCUUUAUCCUGUUGAUACGGUUAUCAUUUGCAUCUCUUGUAUAUCUACUGCUUACCGCCUUAAAAAUUAUAUCCAUGGUGAACUCAUCAGUGUCUUGUAGAUCCACAUUUACGCGCAAGUAUUGUAUUUAUGUUGCUUAGCACAAUAAAGAAGUACUAUAUAUUUAUUUAAUUGGUAUGUCUCUC